AUGGCGCCGCAGGCCCGGCCCGGCCCAGGACUCCCUCAGCUCCAGGAACCGCCCGACGCAGCCCCACCUCGGGCCCGCGGCCUCCUCCACCGGCCGCCCAGGGACCGCGGGAGGACGCAGGCGCUCGUACGCGAGAAGCGGCCAGGCCCGUCUCCUCGGCCGCCGCACCACUUCCGGGAUCACGUCCCGGGAGCCGGCGCGGGAGGGCCGCCCGCCGUGCUGAAGGAGGCCGUCGAGGCCGUGGUGCGGAGCUUCGCCAAGCACACGCAGGGCUACGGCCGCGUCAAUGUCGUGGAAGCUCUCCAGGAAUUCUGGCAAAUGAAGCAGUCACGUGGGGCCGACCUGAAAAACGGAGCGCUGGUGGUCUACGAGAUGGUCCCGUCCAACAGCCCCCCUUACGUCUGCUAUGUCACGUUGCCGGGGGGGAGCUGCUUCGGCAGCUUUCAGUUUUGUCCAACAAAAGCUGAGGCCAGGAGGAGCGCCGCAAAAAUUGCUCUGAUGAAUUCCGUCUUCAAUGAGCAUCCAUCCCGAAGGAUCACGGAUGAGUUUAUUGAAAAGAGUGUCUCGGAGGCUCUGGCAUCUUUCAACGGGAACAGAGAAGAAGCAGAUAAUCCAGGCACAGGCAUCGGUGCUUUUCGCUUCAUGUUGGAGUCCAACAAAGGAAAGUCCAUGCUAGAAUUCCAGGAGCUGAUGACCGUCUUCCAGCUGCUGCACUGGAACGGCAGCCUCAAAGCCAUGCGAGAGAGGCAGUGCUCACGACAGGAGGUGCUGGCCCACUACUCCCACCGCGCCCUGGACGAUGACAUACGGACCCAGAUGGCCGCGGACUGGGCGACCCGGGAGCGCAGCGUGCCCGGAGCCCUGUCCAGGGAGCUCGCCUCGACGGAGAGGGAACUGGACGAUGCCCGGCUGGCAGGGAAGGAGCUGCGCUUCCACAAGGAGAGGAAGGACAUCCUCAUGCUGGCGGCGGGCCAGCUGGGGAACACACACUCCUCCAGCUGUUAGGACGGCAGCGGCUGCCCCCUCCUCACCCCCUGCCCUGCCCCGUCCCCUCCCAGCCCUGCCCCCUCCCCGCCCCCAAAACUAGCCUCCUGGAGGGAGGGACCACCUGGUGCUGCCACACACCCGAGGGAGCAGAGCCUUCCUCAGGGCCUUGCGGGCUCGCUUGCCUUCUCGGCCCUACAACACGCUGUGUGGAUUCCAGGGGUUUUAGGCGAAACCACUUGUCAAGUGUUGGCUGCCUGGCCUCCCGCCACCCAAGCACUUGCAAGAUCUCGGUAUCCUUCAGCCAGGGAGCAAAGCGAACCUUUCAGAAUCUGAAUUUUGAAGUUUGGCAAGAUGUUGAGUUCAGAGGUCCACUUUCAUUCUAAGAUGAACCACAUCACAAGCAUGCGCACAGGCGUCUCCUUUCCAAGAACAGGGGCCCGUUUUUAAAACUUCUUUGUUAAAAAUUUCUAUAUAGACUUUUAUAUCUGGAUCUUUUUCUCUCACCGCUAGAGAAUUUCUUAUAGAGCACAUUUUGCGAUAGCCUUUUCAAUAUUAAAUAGAUUCACAUUUACUUGCUUAGAUCUCAGUUUUACCCAGGUACUGUACAGUCAGCAGUAUUAACUGGAAAUGUCGCAUUGCCAGGAAAAUGCCAGUGUUUCCCACAGAGUGUAAAGCAUAGCUACGUGUUAGGCCGGGUUGCGGAACCCGCGUCCUGUGGACCAAACCUGGCCCAAGUGUGGCUCACCGGGGUUUCCCAAAUGGCUGUGCCCCUUUCCCCCAAACACCAGUCAUUUGCUGGUUGACCAGCUUUUGGGUAGUCCUUCCCCCCUUCUAGAAGGGUGAAAUGCCUCUUGUAGGGCUUCGUCACCGACAGGCAAAAUAGGCCAGCAUUCGUGCCCUUGCCUUUGCCCCCUCCGACGCCGGAGUGCCUCCAGAACGGGCUCUGCAUUCCUGUGCCAGGCGAACCCGUGCACCUCUGCUUUUGGCAAACCUUGAUAAGCUCCACCUCACCUUGAAAGCACAGCACGCAAGAGGCUUCUUUCCGCUGUUCUUCUCCUGGGAGGGUUCGCGUUGGGAGAGGCGUCAGCGUUGUGGCGUCUUGGCCUGCCCAGUGUCUUCCUGCCACAUCCUCCCCACUGUGAGCACCCCGGUUCCUCUUCCCAUGCUGCGAAGGAUGGGCUAGCGAGAUGCGUCUGGGCCUGCCUCGGACUCGCCACAGCUGAUUUAACCCGUUACGGGUUGUAGCGAUUGGUGGUGGCCAGUUUGAACAUUUGCUGUUAACUGUGGCUUAUCAUGGCAAGGUUGGGUUGUUGGCAUCAUUAACAAACCACGCACAGCCCUAAAACAGACCAUGGGUUAUGGGCGGUUUGUUCACCAUGCCAGCAACCCUCCCACCCUUUUGGGGUUUGGAUGGCAUGAUAAACCAUGGCACUCAGCACAGCCUGACUAUGCAAACAGUUCCCAGCAUCCAGUGCAACUUUUGCUUGCUUAAGCAAGCUGCGGUGAACUGUGGCAAUCACGUGGACUGCCCUGGUACGAUUAUUUCCUCUUCUCUUCAUGCCUCUGCCAGGCAGUUGCUCUACGGAUGGCUUAUGUUAAGAGGAAAUCUUGGCGCCAGGCCAGUAGGUGCAAGAUACUUAAAGGCGUUAUCCUGGCCGAAGAGGUGACGUUCAUCUUCUGAUUAAGCUUACUGGGGAGCAUCGUCAGAAGUACUGCUUCUCAGGUGCACCACAGAUGCUCCUCGCCCUCUUUUCCGUGCCAGCCCCAUCUGCCUAAUGAAUUCAGAAUUGUUUGAAUGGGUUGCAGUUGGUCCACACUGCCCUCGCUUGUGUGUCACGGCCGUGGGAUGCACGCCGGAGACUGCUGGUUGCUUUAAACAACCUCCAGGUGGACAAUUGUCGGGUUAAGCUGGGUGGUGUUGCUGCUCCUGAAGAACUCAGUCAGUGUUGGCUUGUUGUGCUGAUAGCGUCUGGUCAUACCAGUUGGAGACUGUUGAAGGAAACCACAAGUGGCUCACACACAGCGCAUCUCCCCACAACUUAUUAACCCACAAUAUACUGCUGAGAUGUGCAAACAGCCUUACUGGGUCACAGAGGAAAGCCAAGAAAAGACCAAUUGAAAUGCCUCAAUUUCCAAGAUUGGGCUCAUUUCACACCAGAGCCCUGGACUCCGGUGGUGCUCAAGGUUUUGCUUAUGUUGUUGUGUCAGACAGUGUGCAGAGUUGCUGUGAAGUGUGCUGCAUGCGGCCCACACACCCUGCCAUUGGUGUCUUGGAGCCUGCGGUGGCACGCUGGCUUGCAAGGUGGCCACAAUGACGGGAGCAUCUUGCUGGUAAAAUGGCCACAGUUCAGUCAUUCAUUAAUAAUUGGGCGCUGCAGGGAGAAAUUAGCCUCUUCGGGCAUUCCAAAACUUUUCUAGAAAACAAACUUUUAUAUGCACUUUUGAAGAAGAGAAUAAAACUAGGAGCAGGACUCUUAAACAAGCAAUACUGGGCAUGUAUAUAGAAAGCGUCGCAUGAGGCAAGCUUCAGAGGCCGGGUGCUCCGGGAGCGGGAACGCGCUGCUGCACAUGAAGAGGACAACUCUGUCCGAUGGUCAGCUCACAGCUGGGCCCCGAGAAGCAACUUCUGCUUGUGCCAUUCGCCUCUGUCUCUGCAGGAGGCAGCGGACUGCCCUCCGAACUAAGACAGGAACCUGAACUGGCAAAAUGUGGCGAUUAAGGGAAAGUUGCACCUGUAUCUGUAGGGGAAGCUGGAAGAGGAACCCUAAACACUAAAAAGGGGGAAGGGUUCAGGUUACAGGAGAAACCAGUCCUCUCAAGAGUGCUGGGUUGUGAUACUUUUGCAUCGCCAUCCGAGCCUUACAUGUCUACUCAGAAGUAAGUUGCGCAGUGUUCAGUGGGGCUUGCUGCCAGGGAAGAUAGUGGCCUUAAUUUAGCUUGCUCGCGGUCCAUUUCUGGAGUCCUUAACCUAAGAUCAUGACAGCCCAACGCUUUUGUAUCAUCUGAGAUGGUUCCAGGAUUCACUGUGUUCCCAAGUUUCAGUACCUAAUUCUGGAUGAAAUGGGGAUUUUAAUAUCUUGGUCCUGACUGUGAACACCAAGCAAGUGGUUGGUAGUUAAUUCAGCUUAAUUAAGGUUGCAUGCAGGGUGUAAUCAACCCACCAGAUUCUUACAGCAGCAUCAGGAAAGCAGCUGUGGUGACAGUUAAGGCCUGGAGCUUUAUAUCGUCUGACUCAUGGGAGUAACAAAAAUUGCAGCAAAUCUUAGCCGCAGCACUGUGUCCUUUGCCUGAGGAAGGCGGGGGAAAAUUGAUUUGAUCCCGGUUCGUCAGGGCUACCUGCCUCGGAUUUCUGGGACCUGUUCUGCUCAUGCACGCCACACGCAAGAGGCUUGCUGCAGGCCGCGGAACAGCAGCCGCCCGAGGACAUGCCACGUGCAGGGUUGAACAAGAGGCAGCUGGAGCAGGCCCCCCGGCUCUGCCUUUCUGAGCACGAUGAAACACGCACAGGAAAAUCCUUGGCAGCUGGAGGGGGGGGGGGUGCAACAUCUUCUGUCUUUUCCCUUCCUGCAGCACUGUAGCUUUCUCUUGCAUUGUGAAUGAAACUCUCGGACCCUUCUGGUUAUUUCUCCUGUGAGGAAAAAUAGCCUGGCUUCCUGUCGCCUUCAGGAAGUCCUUUUAUGGUAUAACCCACUAAUAGCAAUAAUUCUGAUGGCUCAGAAAACAAUCGAAAUUUGUCACGGGAUGAUGGGGCUGGAUGCCCUCGUUCAGCUGGAGCACAUGGUGCUGAGAGUGUCUGCGUCAGCUUUGACUCUUGCUUUGCAGGCAGAGGACAAAAGGGGCUGCGAGUGUGCAGCCAGGCGUGUGGCUGCGUCCUUCCUUUUUAAAAAUACAAGCCGAUGUGGAAACACGUGUGUCUUGUGUCGUUUGCACAAGGAUGCAGCUUAAGGCAUCAGCCUUCUCUGUGUGACAGCACAGCAGCUGCUGGAGGCCUGCAGCGAGGUGACAGCGCAGGCUGGGAAGCCACGGCCGAACCCUGAAGUCGGUCUGCUAUAUUGCCCUACGAAGCCAGAGGGGCCGGACCCACCUCAAGCCCCAGCUAGAGCAGGUGAAGGGGCGAAAAGAAGUGAAAGACAGGCCAGCAACGGGGGGACCAAGGCCACAGGUAAGAAGUUGGUGGCGAGCCGAAGAAGCCCAGCGGGAGGAAGAAUGGAGGACGCGCCAUGGCGGGGAGAAACGGACCGAGUGGGCGAAGCGUGUCCAGCCGAGGGAGAGGAGACACAGCGGGCUGGACGGCUGGAGAAAGCCCCACGGGUCCUCGCCGUCGGGGGCAGUGGGAUGGCGCGGCAGGCAGAAAAGGCGUGCGCAGGCGGCUGUGUGCGGCUGCCAAGAGCAACCGGGGCAGCCUGUCCCGGCCCUCCGUGGCCGCGCUUCUCCACCGGAAAGGCCCUGCGUGACGUGACUAGGCAGCACGAAGCGGCUUGUCCGUCUGCCUUGCCCAGCCUCUGCACGAGGUGCUGCACCAGCCAUGGACAAGACCGGCGCCUCGUGGCACCCGCAUCGCGCACCACCAUCCCAGAGCUGGAUCGCAGACUUGCCGCGGCUUUCCGCCCAGAGCCCCCGCGUGGCUCGGUGGGGCGGCUGCUGCAGGGCAUCUCCACGCUGCUCAGGCCGGAGUCGUGAGCUGACCAAGGUGCAGGUGGUGCCACCCACCAUGCAGAGAGCUGGUGAGGAAGCUCGUCUGACCAAAAGAAGCAAGUCCCGGAGCGACCGCGACGGCCACGGCACUUCGCCACCAACAGGCCGGCUCGGAGCAACAUGCAGGCAGCUGCGAGGGUGAGGGAAAGGGUUUCUGAGGCUGCUUUGGCUGGCUUCAAAGAUCCCCGCAGAGGGCAAGGUUGUGGCCUCAUCUGAAACCUCCUGAAUAGGCAGCAAUGGCCACAGGGUGGCCAGAGCCCCAGUGGGCCCUGAUUUGGAGCCCUUGUCUCAAGGGGACCAGAAGAGGAGACGGAGCACUGCUAAAGAUAAAAGCAGCCUGGUGGGGACUCUUCCUCCAAGUGAGAUGACGCACAGAUGACAUUUGAGAGACUUGGCACCCUUCGGUACAUGCGAGGCCUCUGGGCGGAUGAUGAGGCCGAGGUGACAGCCUAGGACUGCCACGGGGACCUCUGAACAAGUUGCUGAGUUGAUACUCCUGGAAUAAUAUCCAGUUGUCCCCCAUCCUCCCUCUCCUUGGACUUGGAGGUUCUGGAUACAGCCGCCCAGGGAAUGGAGGCGUAUUCCAUGACUGGGGAUACUGAAUGAAUUUACCCGUUGGGGGGAGACUGCCAAGGACUCGUCCUUCGUGCCUUGAUGGGUGAGCACUGGAAGAGGACACGGGCAAGGCCGGCAUCACAGCUCCCGCACACUGGACUUUGGGCCAGGAUCAGGUCAUCCAAGCGAAGCAACACCGGUCUGUCUCUGGAAGUCGGGGAUAUCGCUGAGAGCGCCACUUGCAAAGACGGGCCGAGCCAGCCACACCUGCCCAGGUGGCCUCGCUGCAGAAGGUGCUUUCACUGAACGACCAGCUGCUGCUUAGGUGAUGGGGCUCUGGGGAAGCCGUAGGUGCUCCUGGUCUGGGUGGGCAGGAUGUGCGAGAACAUUCGCAAGGAGCCCCUUGCAGCUGCCCUAAAAGGGUGGCAGGCCUCAUGGAUGAAGGCUGUGGGGAAGGGUUCGUGCAGGCUUUGGGGACCACUCAUGAACGUGAGAAUAGCCGUAUCUCGGAAGAGCGGCUUGGCUCUUCUGGAGAUGUGCCUGUGAGGCUGCAUUAGGCAACCCAGCCGAGAGUGGAAGGCAGGCCCACGCGGAAGGCUGGCUCUGCUGGUUCGGUUAGUGGGCCUGGUCUGGAGGCCUUUUUGAGGAACUGAGUACUGUGCAGGACUGGGACUGGGACCGCUCCCCUGCACCAGAUGUGACCUCAUGUGCAUCGAGCUGCUGGCCGUGAUUUUGCAUUCUUUUUUUAUAAUGGCCACCCAGCAGCUGUUGGGGGCUGUCCCAGGACGUGCUUUCUGGGAACUUGGAAGCAGAUAGCUGCGCCUGGGAGUUUUGAUCAGUUAGUUCUUGGCUGCUUCACCCUGAACAAGCAGACUCGGAGGCCUUGAGUGCGGCUUUGAAGCCCGAGUUCAGAGGCUUGGCCUGGCUCUCUCACCCCCUCACUUAAAUAGGGAGGGAAGACAUAAGGGAUUUCCGAAGAGGUGGGGCGUUGUGGCUGUCUGAUGCUGAGCUCCGGAAGCGGCUUACUUUUGGCCUCGGCACCUUGUAAUUCGUAUACCUGAAAUGCUAAAAUUGUCUUGUCCUUUAUAUAUAUAUAUAUUUUUAAUACAGCCUUGUUUGCACAAUUGUAUUAACCUGUAAGAGCAUUUGUAACGUUGGCUUAUAAAGUGUAUUUUGAAGGGUAUGUACACACGUCUCAGACUUCACCCUCACUCAUGUGGACAGACUGCAGGGUUUAAGUUCCUUCUUACAAGCCAGUAGCUCCUGCAUUUCUCUCGAGGAGACCUGCCUACAGACCUCUGCUGAUGGGGAUGCUGCAGCUGCCCCGUAGGACCCCACCCCCCAAAUCCUUGGUGCUGUUUUUCUGAAUUGUUUUUCUGAAUCGUCUGCCUCUCUCUCCUUUUUAUUCCCUAUUUAUACUCUCCCAGUUUUCGGUGCUGUUUUUCUAGCUCAGAGGUUACCUAAAAAUAUUUCCACGUUGUCUACCUUUCCUUCCACGAUACGCUAUAAAGUCCAGUACUUAUUUUGUAAUGCAUAAUUUUAUACAAUAAAAUAGCUUUUCUGGGUA